AUGUCGAAAUCUAUAAAAGAACUUAAUCCAGUAGCAUCUGGCCGCAUACAAGCUCUCACAAAUCAUCUGAAAGAAUCUUUGAACCCCGCAGACGAUAUACAAAAAGCAAAAAUGAGUGCGUCAUACAAAUUCCAAGGAUGGAUGGGUCUGGACAAGGACUCCGUCAAAGGGAAGAUGGUCUGGCAGGAAUAUGAGCCAAAGACCUGGACGGAGGAUGAUGUUGAUAUUAAGAUCACCCAUUGCGGGAUCUGUGGAAGUGAUAUACAUUCGCUGAGAUCAGGAUGGGGUAAAACGCUUUAUCCUUGCUGCGUUGGACACGAAAUCGCAGGAACCGCCGUUAAGGUUGGAAAGAACGUGAAGCAUAUCAAGCUUGGCGACCGCAUCGGUGUUGGCGCUCAAUCGGGGUCCUGUUUAGACUGCGAACAGUGCCUCGACAACGAGGAGCACUACUGCGUCAAAGGACUGGUUGGAACCUAUAACAGCAAAUACGAAGAUGGAUCGAAAUCAUACGGUGGGUACGCAGACUAUUGCCGUGUGCCAGCGCACUUCGCUGUCAAGAUACCAGAUGGUCUCACCAAUGCUGAAGCUGCUCCUAUGUUCUGCGGUGGUGUCACAGUGUGGGGACCCCUCAAGAAAAAUGGCGCUGGCCCAGGUAAGAGGGUUGGCAUUAUCGGUCUCGGAGGUCUGGGUCACUUCGGUGUGCUUUGGGCCAAGGCGUUGGGCUGUGAUGAAGUUGUGGUCAUCUCUCGCACUGAUGCGAAGAAGGCCGACGCCAUGAAGAUGGGCGCAACGGGAUACAUCGCCACCCAAAGCGAAGGCUGGGCCAAGAAGAACUCUCGUACUCUCGACUUGAUCAUCUCCACCGUUUCAAGCCCCAACAUGCCCAUUGCUGACUAUUUCAAGCUCUUAAGGGCACAUGGGCAAUUCAUUCAGGUCGGCGCACCAGAGGAUGUGCUUCCGCCGAUAAACAUACUUGCGCUGAUUAAUAAGGGAUGCAAACUAGAAGGAUCACUCAUUGGCUCUCCUGCGGAUAUCUCUGAGAUGUUGCAGUUUGCUGCGGACAAGAAGAUCCACCCAUACAUUCAAGAGAGGCCCAUGUCGGAUGCUAACCAAGCCAUUAUCGACAUGGAAGAGGGAGACGCAAGAUACCGAUAUGUGCUGGUCAAUGAGAAGAACGUGAAAGAAUUGAAGGCAUCGCUUUGA